CAGCGGGAGAUCGCUGAGACGAGAGAAACGUGUAGGGCUGCUUAUGAUACUUCUGCACCGAAUGCAAAACGCAAAUACCCAGAUGAGGGAGAAGCUGAUGAGGAAGAGAUUGAAGAAUAUAAGGAUGAAGUAGAGCUGCAGCAAGACGAAGAGAACCUGCCCUAUGAAGAAGAGAUUUACAAAGAUUCCAGUACUUUUCUUAAGGGUACUCAGAGCUUAAAUCCACACAACGAUUACUGCCAACACUUUGUGGAUACAGGACACAGACCCCAGAACUUCAUCAGAGAUGUUGGCUUAGCAGAUAGGUUUGAAGAAUAUCCAAAACUUAGAGAGCUCAUCAGAUUGAAGGAUGAGCUGAUAUCUAAAUCUAACACUCCUCCCAUGUACUUACAAGCAGACUUGGAAGCUUUUGAUAUUAGGGAACUGAAGUCCAAAUUUGAUGUGAUUCUCCUGGAACCACCACUGGAAGAGUACUACCGAGAGACUGGCAUUACUGCCAAUGAAAAAUGCUGGACCUGGGAUGAUAUCAUGAAAUUGGAAAUUGAAGAAAUUGCAGCCCCAAGGUCAUUUGUGUUUCUAUGGUGUGGUUCAGGCGAGGGUCUGGAUCUUGGCCGAGUGUGUCUACGCAAAUGGGGUUACAGAAGAUGUGAGGACAUUUGUUGGAUUAAAACGAAUAAGAACAAUCCUGGAAAGACCAAGACUCUAGACCCUAAGGCUGUUUUCCAGAGAACAAAGGAGCACUGCCUCAUGGGCAUUAAAGGGACUGUGCGUCGCAGUACAGAUGGUGACUUCAUCCAUGCUAAUGUCGAUAUCGACCUAAUCAUCACAGAAGAGCCUGAAAUUGGCAACAUAGAAAAACCUGUAGAGAUUUUUCACAUCAUUGAGCAUUUCUGCCUUGGGCGACGACGCCUUCAUCUUUUUGGAAGGGACAGUACAAUUCGACCAGGUUGGCUGACUGUAGGACCCACCCUCACAAACAGCAAUUUCAACGCAGAAACGUAUUCUUCGUACUUCACAGCUCCAAAUUCUCACCUGACCGGCUGUACUGAAGAGAUUGAGAGACUUCGGCCCAAGUCACCACCACCUAAGUCCAAGUCUGACCGGGGAGGUGGUGCGCCGAGGGGAGGAGGAAGAGGAGGGACCUCAGCAGGCCGAGGAGAAAGGGGCAGAGAGAGGAACAGAACUAACUUUCGGGGUGAGAGAGGUGGCUUCAGAGGGGGACGUGGAGGUACCCAUAGAGGAGGCUUCCCCGCCCGCUGAUGACUGUUGUUAGGUAAUUGCUUCUUCCCCCGGCCCUACGCCUCAUCUCCGAAUCUUUUUCUUAGUCUUGUUUUUGCUAAAGUGAGUUAUUCUGGGGACUCAAGCUGUAGGUGACUUUUAAAAUUGGUUUUGGUGCAAGCAGUUACAGAUAGUCUGCCUUCCAGUGAUCGGCUCGGCACAUCACCUCACCGGGCA